GUCUGUGAAUUUGACAUAUCCUAACAAUGAAUGCAAUCGAUAGUUGUCAUUCCUAAUCUUCCUAAUUCAACAAUGAAUUCGAACGCUAAAUAUUCGAUUAAAUUGAAUACCAUUCUGUCCGGAGUGUAUAGUCUUACUUGUCGGUAUGACAAUGUGGAAGUUGAAUUGUUCUUUACGAAAGAUGAGUCAUCAAAAACACAAAUGGACUACGUUUACUUUAACAGAGUUCAAGCUAAGGAUGGCAAAUGGACUACUUUUUUGAAUGAAUUGUUUCAGGAUCAGUGUCGGAAUCAAUUUCAAUCGAAUCUUCGUGUCUAUGGAUGUAAUAUCCGCGCUGAUAAUUAUGAAUCACACCAUGAUUCAAUCAUCAAACAUUGUCUGCAGAAGUGUUACAAAACCUUUGUUUCUGGAAUAAGAGUUGAAGAUAAGCCUCUCGAUACAUCAUCUACCAGCUCAGACCAAAACGAUCAAAAUCUAUCAAUGGCAAACAGCCCAAAUGUUAUAUGUGAAACGAUGAUGAGCGCAUUUGAAAAUCAUCUCAAGUCUUUUAAGUUCGACUACACAAAAAUCCAUUCAAUCAUCUGCCAGAAAGAUGACAUUAAAGUUGAACUUGCAUUGACCGAGAAUCCAUCGCCUGACGAUAUAUUUGCUCGUACUUACGUGAACCGUGUACGAGAACCGGAUUGUAAGUGGGCUAUCUGUUUGAAGCAUCUGUGGACAAAAGAAUUUCCAAACGAUUCUAAUCUGAGCCGUCAUCCUGUGUACAUUAUGGCCAUUACUUAUAACGAACGUACUGUUGAAGAGGAAGUUGUUCAGAAUUGCAUCGAACGUUGUUUAAUCAACAUCAAAAAUGAUCUUCCAUCCUAAAUGCAUCUCUGGUCAUAUGUUACAUCCGAUAAUACACUUUUUGAGUUAUGAAAUAAAUUCUGAAUCAGAAAAAUGACUUCGUUUGAAUGUGAUUGCCCCAGCAGCACUAAUGCAUGCUUUUCCCCAAACACAUUAUAGAACUCUCUGAUUAACUCUGAUGUCUAAAAAG